AUGGCCCCAUACCGCUUCAUGUUAGCCGCCGCUCUCGGUGGCGCCUAUCUCCUCUCUUCCGGUCGGAUUCCCCAAUGGCCGGUACCCGGCUUUCUAACUGCCUUCGCGGCCCUCUUGGGUACCCAGGUGCUGGCGUGGGCUGUUUGGGUGGUCCUACUCUACCCGAAGCUCUUUUCACCUCUGCGUGGGCUUCCUGGUCCCAGCGGGGAUUCGUGGUUCAUGGGCCAGUGGAAAACGAUCGUGGCACUCCCCACGGGGCAACCCAUGAGGAACUGGAUCAACUCAAUCCCGAACGAGGGCAUUAUCCGGUAUCUAGGCCCAUUCAACCAAGAGAGACUCUUUAUCACAACCCCUAAGGCUCUCGCCGAGGUGCUCGUCACCAAGAAUUACGAAUUUAUCAAGCCAGAAACGAUGCGCUAUUCCAUCGGCCGCAUCCUGGGUAUUGGCAUCCUCCUUGCCGAAGGCGAUGAACAUAAGUUGCAGAGGAAAAACCUGCUCCCGGCCUUUGCCUUCCGCCACAUCAAGGACCUGUACCCGGUCUUCUGGGCCAAGUCACGCGAGGGCGUGCAAGCCAUAACCGAGGCCAUCCUCGAGGACGCUGCCCAACGGGGCGACGCCGAGAGAAACACGGCCGUGAUUGAAGCGGGUAGCUGGGCCUCACGCAUCACGCUCGACAUCAUCGGUGUCGCCGGCCUCGGGCGUGACUUUGACGCCAUCAAAAACCCAAACAACCGGCUGACGCAAGCCUACGCCCGCAUCUUCAAGCCUAGCCGCCAGGCACGCUUCCUCCAACUACUCAGCAUGAUGUUUUCUCCCAGAGUCGCUGCUUGGUUGCCGGUCAAGCGCAACGAAGACAUCGGGACAUCAGCCCGCUUGAUCCGAGCCGAGUGCGCCGAGCUGAUCCAGGCGAAGAAGCAGAAACUAGCGCAGAAGGACGCGUCCGACCCGGACAUCCUCUCGGUGGCCCUGGAAUCCGGCGGCUUCACCGACGAGAACCUCGUCGACCAGCUCAUGACGUUCCUCGCCGCCGGGCACGAGACGACCGCCUCAGCCAUGACCUGGGCCGUCUACCUCCUCGCGCGGCACCCCGAAGUCCAAACCCGGCUGCGCGCCGAGAUCCGCGAGCACCUCCCAGCCCUCUCCGACGACAACAACUCCUCGACCGUGUCCAGCAUGGACAUCGACCGCAUGCCCUACCUCAACGCCGUCUGCAGCGAGAUCCUGCGCUACUACAGCCCCGCGCCCCUGACGCUCCGCAAGGCGGCCUGCGACACGUCCAUCCAGGGCCAGUUCGUGCCCAAGGGCACCCAGGUCAUGCUCGUGCCGUGGGCCGUCAACAAGUCGGAGGCCCUGUGGGGCGCCGACGCCGGCGUCUUCAACCCGGAUCGCUGGCUGGCGGCGGCCAGUGGUGGUGCCACGAGUAAUUAUGCUUACAUGACCUUCUUGCAUGGCCCGCGUAGCUGUAUCGGCAUGUCGUUUGCUAAGGGGGAGUUUGCGUGUCUGCUGGCGACGUGGGUGGGGCGGUUUGAGAUGGAGUUGCAUAAUAAGGAGGAGGCGGACGAGUCCAAGAUUGAGAUCAAGGGUGCUGUGACGGCGAGGCCGGCGAAGGGGAUGUAUGUCAAGACGACGGUGGUUGAGGGGUGGUGA